CCCACAGAAAACAUGCUGGGAGGAGAAGAGAAGAAGGAGAAGGAUACACGAAGAAGAAGAAGAGAGAGAGGGAGGAAGCUGAGAAAGUUGUGGAGUCAAUGAAGGGGUCGAGCAGAUGGGACAUGGGAGGAAGGAAGGAAAGGAUCUCUCCUUAGGGCUCAAGUGCGCGAUUAAAGGACACUGCGCAAAUAAACAACGCGGGUCAAGCCCCCUACCCCCGCAAUAAAACUUGGAACUUCCAUGCGCGCCGCCGCCGUGUGGCGUGGACGAGCCGGAGCAGCCGAGUGUCGUCCUUCAGCGACUGGGUCCUUCUCGUCAAUGUUUCUCCAAACUAUCUCCGAGUAACUUGUGCUGGAAGACUUGUCAACACCCACGCCGCCACUGCCACCACUAUACCGCCACCUCUGAGGCUUCUUCCCGGAAGAGAGCAGCAGCCGGUGGGUCACAGGCGGAGGAGGAAGCGAAGACCGAAGCGGUAGUUCUUCCCGAGGAGAGCCGCACGCCUUAACCGGGGUCGAGGCGUCGGCACCCGGGUAGAGUCUCCCGCGAUGGCCGGGGCCAAACCGGGAGUCCACGCGUUGCAGCUCAAACCUUUGUCCGUCCAUGAGGCGCUCAAAAAGGGGGGGAAGUUCAUCAAAUGGGACGAGGAGCCCAACAGCGGGUCCCCCACCCUGGUAACCCUGAAAGUGGACCCAGAUGGAUUCUUUCUGUACUGGACAGGAGGCGCCAACCUGGAGGUGGAGAUCCUGGACAUCAGCACUAUCAGGGACACCAGAAGGGGAAAGUACGCCAAGCAACCAAAGGACCCCAAGUUACGAGAGCUGCUUGGCUUCGGCAAGGGCGACAACGUAGAAGGGAAGCUGGUCACCAUCGUCCAUGGCAACGACCUGGUCAACAUCUCCUUCCUCAACUUCCAGGCCAUGCAGGAAGACAUUGCCAAGAUUUGGACAGAUGAGUUGUUCACCUUGGCCACAAAUAUACUUUCCCAGAAUGCAUCUCGCAACACCUUCCUCUUCAAAGCGUACACUAAAUUAAAGCUGCAGGUCAACCAAGAGGGAAAAAUCCCUGUGAAGAAUAUCCUGAAGAUGUUUUCAGACAAGAAGCGAGUGGACACCACUCUGGAGCAGUGUGGCGUCGUCAAUAACAAGUCAGAGGGCGUCAAGCCAGAUGAUUUCACAUGGGAGGCCUUCCAGAAGUUUCUCGAUAGUCUCUGUCUGCGUUCCGAGAUCCAAAGUAUCUUUGAGGAGAGCGGCUCCAAGGGGAAGCCCUUCAUUUCCCUGGACCAGCUGACCGACUUUCUCAACCGCCGGCAGCGCGACUCCCGUCUGAACGAGGUGCUCUACCCACCGCUCAAAAGAGAGCAAGUGCGGCAGAUCAUGGAGAAGUAUGAGACCAACAUCAGCCAGCUGGAGAGAGACCAGAUCAGUUUGCUGGCCUUCACGAGGUAUCUGGGAGGAGAGGAGAACAGCAUUGUUCCUCCAGAGAGGCUGGACGUCAUCGAUGACAUGAAUCAACCACUGUCACACUACUUUAUCAACUCCUCGCACAAUACGUACCUCACAGUGGGUCAGCUGACCGGUCUGUCCUCCGUGGAGAUGUACAGGCAGGUGCUGCUCACCGGCUGCCGCUGUGUGGAACUGGACUGUUGGAAGGGUCGACCCCAGGACGAGGAACCCUACAUCACCCACGGCUUCACCAUGACCACUGAAAUACCUUUCAAGGAAGUGAUUGAAGCCAUAGCAGAGAGCGCUUUCAAGACCUCACCCUACCCAGUUAUCCUGUCCUUUGAAAACCACGUAGAUUCGGCCAAGCAGCAAGCCAAGAUGGCGGAGUACUGUAGGACCAUAUUUGGAGAUGCCUUGCUCAUUGAUCCACUGGAGAAAUGUCCCCUGUACCCAGGCCAGGCGCUGCCGUCGCCGCAGGACAUGCUGGGGAAGAUUCUGAUCAAAAACAAGAAGAAGCACUACCACCACCGGGCCUCCAGCGGCAGCAGCAUACGGCGCCGCGAGCUGGAGGAGCAGUCUUCACCCAACGCUGACUGCCCUCUGUUGGACAGCGAUGGAGGCCAAAUCCUCUCCAAUGCUGAGGAGAAGCUCGCUGAGAGGAUCAUUAAAGACUCAGAUCCUCGCAAGUCCAUUGGAGGUGAAGGGGAGAGCGAGGAGGAUGAAGAAGACGAACCAGUGACAGAGCUGAAGAAGCCCAACUCGGAUGAGGGUACAGCCAGCAGCGAAGUCAACGCCACAGAGGAGAUGUCCACGCUCGUCAACUACAUCGAGCCUGUCAAAUUCAAAAGCUUUGAGCUCGCCACCAAGAGGAAGAAGUUCUUUGAGAUGUCAUCGUUUGUGGAAACCAAAGGCAUGGACACUUUAAAGACCUCCCCCAUAGAGUUUGUGGAGUACAACAAGAACCAACUGAGCCGAAUCUACCCGAAAGGAACGAGGGUGGACAGCUCCAACUACAUGCCACAGCUCUUCUGGAAUGUCGGCUGCCAGAUGGUGGCGCUGAACUUCCAGACCCUUGAUCUGCCCAUGCAGCUCAACAUGGGCGUGUUUGAGUACAACGGCCACAGCGGCUACAUGCUAAAGCCCGAGUUCAUGAGGAGGACGGACAAACACUUUGACCCUUUCACUGAGAAUAUAGUGGAUGGAAUAGUUGCCAACACAGUCAAGGUUAAGGUGAUCUCAGGACAGUUCUUGAGCGAUAAAAAGGUUGGCGUGUACGUGGAAGUGGACAUAUUUGGACUUCCUACAGAUACAAAACGUAAAUACAAGACCAAAACCUCCAACGGGAACUCGCUGGAUCCCAUUUGGGACGAUGACGCCUUUGUCUUUAAUAAGGUGGUACUCCCGACGCUGGCCUCUUUGAGGAUUGCCGUGUUUGAGGAGAAUGGCAAGUUCAUCGGCCACCGCAUCCUCCCCGUGUCGGCCAUUAGACCAGGUUACCACUACAUCAACCUCAAGAAUGAGCUGAACCAACCUCUACUGCUGCCCUCUCUGCUGGUCUACACGGAGGCUCAGGAUUACAUCCCUAAUGAACACCAAGAGUAUGCUGAGGCCCUGACCAACCCCAUCAAACAUGUCAGCCAGCUGGACAAGAGGGAGACACAACUGGCUGUGCUGCUUGAGGAGAACUAUGAGCAUCUCCCCAACCAGCCCAAAGAUGGUGAAGCCAAGGGAGAGUGUGAGGUCAUCCAAGGGCGUCAUACGUCCCCUUUCCUCCCCCCUUGCCGACCGGACGAAUGCCCCGACAUCAUCAACCUGCCUUCACCAGCGCAAAACCAAAAGGAAGACCUCAUCGCCGUAGUCCUGGCAGACGUGCAGGUGCAGCCCAUAGAGGAGCUGAGGCAGCAAAAAAGCUACCUGAAACUCAUUAAGAAACAAAGCAAAGAGCUGAAAGAGUUACAGAAGAAGCACCUGAAGAAGGUGUGGAAUCUCAGUAAGGAGCAGAAGACUCGGAGUACUCAGAUGGAGUCUGACCUUCAAAGAAGGCGCAGUCAGAUGGAGAAACACCUCAAGCGGAGUAUCAAAAAGAACGAGCCUCCAGAGCCGGUGCAGCAAGAACUGACCGCUUUGGAUCAGGAGCUUGAGAAAAAGACGUUGCAGCUGAGGGAAUGGCAGAUGCAAGAACUUCUGAAGCUCCGGCAGCAGCUGUACGUGCUGGAGAGGGAGAAGCAGCAAAUACAUCUGCAGGAGUCCUUCCAGAGGUUGAAGGAGACGGCCCAUGAAUGCCAAGCAACUCAGCUCAAGAAGCUCAAGGAGAUAUGCGAGAGGGAGAAGAAGGAGCUCCAGAAGAUCCUGGACAGGAAGCGGCAGAAUAGCAUCAGCGAGGCCAAGAGCCGAGACAAAGACAAGGCUGAGACAGAACUCAAUGACAUCAACAGGAAACACAUUCAGGACUCUGUCAGCUUAAUCCGCAAGCUGGAGGAGGCUCAGACCAGGAGGCAGGACAAGCUGAUGCUGAGGCAACGUGAGGUCCUCCAACACAUUGAUGACGAGCUGCCUUUGCGGCAGGCUCAGCUGGAAAGCAACCUGGAUGAAGAGUUCCGUCGCCUGCCAGAGGAGAUCCGCGAACACCUGCAACUGGAGCUUCAAAACAAAGGUCUCCGCAAUAACGGCCUGCGCUCGCCCAUGACUGGCAACAGCAGCCCGGGUUCAGGCUCGGGCCCGCCUUCCAAUUGCUCCACGCCUACCUACCCCUCCACACCCAAUCACAGCUCGUGGAACCGGAGCUUGGACAAUAGCACGGCCUCACUGGCCGAGUCCACGUCCUCGUCCACGACCCCCGUCUUGUCCGAGGCCGAGAUGUCCUUCAGCUGAAGUUUUUAUUUGUACAAAUGCUUUCUAAUGGGGUCUAUAAUGAUUACAAUGUGGGUUAGUAAUAAUGAUAUACUGUAGAUUCUUUACUAAUUUUAUUCCUUUUUUAAAUGUUUGUUACUGCCUACAGAGCUAUAUUAUUUUUCAAUUUUUUGUUUUUGUCUGUCGACAUAUCAGAAUUGUUAGCAAUAGCCAAAAAAUGCUCUUUUAACGUUUUAUAUUUUCUUUUCUUUAUUUUUGUCUACAUCAAAUCCUUUCAAAGUCAAACAUUCACUUUUUCCCCCAAGCCUUUUUACAUUUAAAAAGUCUCAUGACACUACCAACAAAUAUGUUGUACAAAGUAUUAGCUACAAAGGUUAAUUGUGUACCUGCUGCCAUCUAGUGGACGAGCAUAGAGUUGUUCUGCCAGCCACCAUGCAUCACUGGCAUAUAGUAAACACACGAAGAGACAUUACUUUUAGGAAAUCAGUUAUCUUAGGCUUCGGACCGUUUAAGUGAAAUUAGAUCAGUUAUACUGCAGCGCAGUGGUUAGGAAUCAUUGCACUCUGCUUAAUGCUUUUUUUCUGGUACUUUUGUGGAGUUCGUUCUCUCUAUCCAAACAACAAGCAACACGGUGAGCAGGUUAUAAAGCAAUGGAAGGACACUAGUACUAUUUUAGCUGUAAUGGCAGUAGUUGACCAGCAGAUGGUGCCAAAGCCUUGAGUUCUUUUCCCCAUUUGAAAUUGUGUAGACUACCCCACCAUCACCCACCCCCACACAUUUCCUAAGUCAAAUUAUGUUGCACAAGACUAAUGGUACUUUUAACUUAUCGAUGUUAACUUUUUGGGCCUUUUCUAACAAUGUAUUCCUGAAUAUGUCCUUGUAUUUUUUUUGUUUUCUGUGGAAUUUGGGGGUUGAAAUGAUGGCACUCGUUAUUGAUGUAAAUGUUAUUGCUUGAUGUGAAUUUGACUACUGACCAGAGGUGCUGGUGCAAAAGGAAGGCGUCAUCGAUGAAGCCUCCUCCAUCCAUGAGCAAUGGCUGCCUGCCUGUCUGUCUGAAUGCCCCCCCCCCCAAACUAUUGCCUAUUUAAAUGACAUUUUAUCAACGUC